AUGGCUCGCCGAAUGUCAAGCUUCAUUCAAAAAUACGCCUGGGGGAAGCCCGGCGAUCAAAGCGUUGUGGCCAGCCUCAAGGCCGCCGGCGAUUCUUCUUACCAGGUCGAUGUUGACCAACCGUACGCCGAAAUGUGGAUCGGAACUCACCCCAGCGGGCCUUCGAACUUGCUGACUAACAGCGGGAGAGUUGGUCCUCUUCUCAAGGACCACCUCGCCUCUGAACCCGAAGCUUUGGGCGAUAUUGCGCACAAGGGCGACCUGCCCUUCCUCUUCAAGGUUAUUUCUAUCAACAAGGCGCUGAGCAUCCAGGCGCACCCGAACAAGAAGCUCGCGGAGAGGCUUCACGCCGAACGCCCUGAGGUGUACGCGGACGACAACCACAAGCCCGAGAUGGCUGUGACCCUGUCCGACUUUGAGGCCCUGUGCGGGUUUAGGCCCUUCCAGGAGAUUAUCUGGAACCUUAACUUUUACCCCGAGCUGCGCGCCCUCGUUUCUCUGGACGCCGUACACCAGAUGAUGACGGCGGGGGAUGACAUCGAGAGGCAAAAGUUCGCCCUCAGGGAGCUCUUCCGCUCCUACAACAAUGCCGACAAGGAGACAGUAAAAACCCAGAUAGACCGGCUGGUCAAGAGGCUGGGUUGGGCCUCCGGGAUCCCGGUGGUCGGAGAACAAGACCCAGGAACGGUCGAGACCGAAAUCAACGGUCAUGACGCAGAGGAGGGCGACGAGGAAGAGGUCCAGAAGACGCAAUUCACAGAACAAAUGUUCGAGGCGAGAUUUCGCCAGGGUUGCCCGACGAGUGAAGCACUCGACAAAAGGAUGAAGGAUGGCACACCCGAUGUUGUUCGAGUGAUGCUCCGCCUGUCGACCGAGUACCCGGGCGACCUAGGCAUUCUCAUGCCCCUGGUCCUGAACCUGCUGAUGCUCAAGACCGGGCAGGCGUUCUUCAUGACCGUCGACGAACCACAUGCGUACCUCCGCGGGGACAUUCUUGAGUGCAUGGCAUGCUCCAACAACGUGGUGCGGUGCGCCUUGACUCCCAAGUUCCGCGACGUGGACCUUCUGGUGGACAUGCUCACGUACAACAUGGCCGCACCCGCGGUUCUUCGGCCGCACAUCAUCGACGACAAUCGCAAGCGCUUCACCCCCCCGGUUGACGUCUUCGAGAUAGAAAUGAUUAACGUACCCGGAAACGACGCGUACCGCCUGAAUCCGAUGCCGGUGCCGGCGGUGCUGGUGACCCUCCACGGGGCCCAGGGAGGCUUGCUUCUUGACGAAGACACCGGGAAGGAGAUCCCAGCCGCUGAGGGGGGCAUUUUCUUCCUCCCAGCCAACACGUACUGCACGAUGGUGUCGGGAAAGACGUCAGACCUCCGGAUCGCCAUGGCCCACACCAAUCUCAACUGGGGGCCGAUGACACCCAGCGGUACCGGCGCUCCCAACUUUUGA